AUGCCUUGUAGAAACACUUGUCCUUCGACAAGUUCAGACACUUGUUCAGGCUCUACUACAUGUAGCAAAGCUGAAAAGUUUAAAUGUUGCAAAUCUCAGCGUCCGGAUGUUGCUUUCCAUCAGCAAAUCGUUUCUAGCUGUAGUGGUGCAAUAGCUACAGCCCUGCUAAUGACUCCUAUGGAUGUCGUCAAAAUUAGACUUCAGCAACAAGCUCAUGCUUUGCCUGCUGGCCAGUGUUUCUAUUACUCCAACGGUUUGAUGGAGCACGUAUGUAUUCCAUGUGCAGACAAACAGCCUUGUGAAUGGUAUCAAAGACCCGGCAACUUCAAUGGCACCAUAGAUGCUUUCAUAAAAAUAUCAAGAAAUGAGGGAGUUCGAUCUUUGUGGAGCGGACUAUCACCAACAUUAGUGAUGGCCAUCCCUGCCACUGUUUUCUAUUUCUCCGUGUAUGAUAAUCUCUACUACAAAAUGAAACAAAUGUCAUGUUGUCGGAAGAACCAGCACCCUCACUGCUGGAUCCCUCCUGAUUGGGCUAUAGCUCCUAUUUCUGGAGCUACUGCAAGAACGAUUUCUGUAACAAUAGCCAGUCCAAUGGAAAUGAUAAGAACGAAGAUGCAGAGUGAACACAUGAGCUACAGAGACGUCGGUAAGGCUUUUCGAGCGUCGAUUGUUUCACGAGGAUAUUCUUCUUUGUUCCUGGGUUUGGGUCCCACAAUUCUACGUGAUAUACCUUUUUCUGCUUUCUACUGGGGUGGAUAUGAUUACCUCAAGAAAACGUUUAUGGCCUGGAAAUCGCUGAAGGAAACGACGUUUGGAAUUUCGUUCGCUUCUGGAGCAUUAUCAGGAAUGUUCGCUGCAUUUAUCACAACUCCUUUUGAUGUGGUCAAAACUCAGAGACAAAUAACUCUCGGUCAAACUGAGUUGACUCAGAAACCCAAAAGUGCCCGAGAGGUAUUCUUCAACAUUCUAAAAACUAGAGGUCCUUCAGCCCUUUUUACUGGUGUCAUUCCACGUCUUGUCAAAGUUGCUCCAGCAUGUGCCAUUAUGAUUGCUUCCUAUGAUUUCUUUAAACUCUACUUUGCUCGUCAAAAUCAGAGAAAAGCCAAAGAAUAA